GUUGCUUUGAAGUCCAUGAGAGGGUCCAGGACCUUGUUGGCCUCUCGUGUCACAGUGGAAUUGGUGAGCGAAAUGAGGAUGGAAUAUAAAUGUCCUGCAGAAAAGAUGGCUGCAGCCUGCAGUGGCUCCUCGUGUAGCUAGGGACAUAUGGAAGAAAUUAAUUACUAUGAGAAUUGAUUGACACAACCUUCUGUAUUUUAAAGUUCAAUGGAAAGGGACAAAGUAGCCUAUGCGGAAACUAUUAUAUCGACAAGGUGGUAGUAGUAGAGUAUAGUUUAUUAUCCCCAGGGGGAAAUAUUAUUAUCCCCUUAGGCGUGAGAGUCACUAUGUCACAUACCCACAUCACUUGUACAUAAAAACAAUACGAUACAUACUCGUCAAGGUGAACUCCAAUAGAGGUCCUCUAAAGACUAAAGCUACCCUAAUAAACUAGUUUGGCUACCGUCCCCUCAAUACUUGUUUUGAGUGUCCUAAGGAGGGGAGCUAUCUUAAGGCUGUCUCCCCCCUGUCACCAGAACAAAGGUUAAAGGGGCGACCUGUCACGUGUUUACACCACCUGUCAGUCUGGCAGUGUUUGUGUUCUGUCAGUUGGAGCCCUGACAUUUUGUGGCAGAGCAUUCUCAACAUCUCCUCCUCCUGCUGCCACCAGGGACGGACGAUGAUUCCAUUGUCCCUUGGGGCAGACGACAAGAAAGCCCCCCCCCCAAUGGGUGCUGCUAGUUUAUUAAACGAUUCAGCGUGUUAGGCCCAAUGUGAGUGUCUUUAUUGCUGGGGGAAUGGGGGGUAGUCCUCUGAGAAUUUUUUAGUAAAAUAAAAGUGCAAUUUUCAUGCAAUAUGGGAAUGGAAAUAUAGAGGCUUGAGCUUCAGGGCCCCCUUGGCUCUUGGGCCCCUGGGCCUGGGCCCGGUAGGCCUGUGCAGUAAUUCAUCCUUGAGGACUAUGUCGUAGUAGACGGCUCCCCUGAAAGCCCCUCCAUCCCCUGAAAGCACCUCCCAUCCCAGCUUUUUGGUUGGAUCCGGGGCGUCAGGAGAUAAUGCACAGGACAGAGCAUGUCAGCGCUUUUGUGAGAUUAGCUCCACAAUGGAGGCUUGUCCAGCGGAAAAAAAGGGCCCACUGAGGUCUGCUCUGCCCUGACUGAGUCAGAAUACUGAAAGCCCUGUUCCACUCUUCUGGCCUUGGCGGGGUGGACAGCACUGGACGCCAAGAACAGGGAGAGGAAAAGCCGGGCGUAAUUGAAUAGUUGAAGCCGUCGUCAAAACCACCUCAGCGACCAGAGGUGUGACUAUUCUGUUUUUACGGAAGGGUGUCAUACUGAAUAUUUUAAGUCAGGGUUACCUUCUCGCCUGUCAAAGCCUCGUUUCCUGUUGCACAGCUGAUUGCAAAGGAGCAAAGAGGACAAGCUGCCUUCUGGUGAAGUGAAUGAAGUAACAAGACCACUGGAGGAUUUUAUUCUGCUGCUGCAGUCAAAACGCUGAAGUGUGUGACAUAAACUGGAAUGACACCUCAUGAUGCACGCACAAUUGUUACGCCUGAGGUCAUAUUCCCGAGGAAUGCCAGCUCCUGAGCCGAGCCCAGCCAUGGAGGAGGGGCUUAUGCUGCCCAUCAGAGACGGAGUAGCCAAUCACAGCAUGGAGCCGGACAGCACUGCCACCAACAUCCUGGCCUCUGUCAAAGAGCAGGAGCUCCAGUUUGAGCGGUUGACCAGGGAGCUGGAGGUAGAGAGGCAGAUUGUAGCCAAUCAGCUGGAACGAUGCCGACUGGGGGCCGACUCACCAGGAGCAGACAGUGGCAGCUCCUCUGAGAAGUCUCUACCCUGGAGAUCUGCAGAUGUCUCCACCUCUGGCGAGGGCAAGUCGCGCUUGACGGACAGCUCCCAGUCUCCCUCCUUCCGGCUGCGGAGUGAAGGCGAACAGCUGUCCCUCUACUCCCCAGAGCAGACCUCUCUCCAUGAAAGGUCCACAGGGAACUCGCGCAGCUCCACGCAGAUGAACUCCUACUCUGACAGUGGCUACCAGGAUGCCAGCAGCAAUUACUACAGCAGCCAGCAGCAGUUGGCCAAGGCCGAGCUCCGCAUGCAGCACUCCUUCCCGGGCACCUCCGCCACUGUGGCCGGCAGCUCCACGCUCAUGAGGAAUGCUCGCGCUGAGGGACAGGCCUCCACACAGACGCAGGGUGCCGCAGCCCCAGGCCGUGCCAUGCGGCGGGUCAGCUCGGUCCCCUCCCGCACCCAGUCUCCAGCCUACGCCAGCGGGGCCGGCAUCAGCGGCGUGUCCCCCUCCCGCGGCUCCCUACGGGCCUCCAUGGGCGCGGGCACUGGGGGCACCGUAGGAGCCCUGGGAGGCGGAGGUGGCGGUGGAGGCGGCAGCUCGUACGGCUCGCCCAUCGUCACGGAGCCCCGGCCGCUGCCCAGCAUCUUCUCCAGCACCACCCUGCCCGGCGCCGCCCGCUCCAGCUCCCCGUACUCCUCCAGCCAGCGCAACAGCUCCCCGGCCGCCCUGCGCCGCGUGGGCUCCGCUAGCUCCCGUACGGGCUCCGUGGCCGGAGGAGGGCCGGGGCCCAGUCCCGUCGCCUCAGCCGCCACCAGGACCACGUCGCCUUACCACGGUGCGCUGGGGGCGGAGGGACAGCCAGGGGCGGCCUCGGGUCUCGGAGGGUCCCCGUCCCGCCUGUCGGGCAUGACGGCCAUGCCCCAGCAGCACUACGCCACCACGUCGGGGCUGUCGUCGCGUGCCAUGAUGCACGAUCCGGCGGACCCGUAUUCUGUUACGCAGCCCUAUGAUAUCUACGAGCGCAUGGUGGCACGGCCAGAUAGCCUAUCGGGAGGCCUGCGGAGCUCGUACGCCAGUCAGCACAGCCAGAUGGGUCAGGACCUGCGGUCGGCCAUGUCCCCCGAGCGCCACAUCACGCCCAUCUACGAGGAGCACGCCUUCCAGAGCCCCCUCUACCGCAGCCCCAACCACCCGGGCAUGGAGAUGGCACACGCAGGCCCACACAACACACUGUACAGGACCUCAUCAGGUGUGGGUACCCUACAGAGGAGCUCCAGCCAGCGCAGUGCCAUGACCUACCAAAGAAGCAACUACGGCCUGAGCUCGGCCGCCAACUACGCCGACCCCUACCGCCCCCCGCAGUACCGGCAGACAAGCGCAGCCGACGACAACACACGCUCGCCCUCCAUAGACAGCAUUCAGAAGGACCCCAGGGAGUUUGCGUGGCGUGACCCGGAGCUGCCGGAGGUGAUCCACAUGCUGCAGCACCAGUUCCCCUCGGUGCAGGCCAACGCCGCCGCCUACCUGCAGCACCUGUGCUUCGGAGAUAACCGCACCAAGGUCGAGGUGUGUCGUCUGGGGGGCAUCAAGCACCUGGUGGACCUGCUGGACCAUAAGGUGCUGGAGGUGCAGCGGAACGCGUGCGGCGCCCUGCGCAACCUGGUCUACGGCAAGGCCACCGACGACAACAAGGUGGCGGUGCGCAACGCCGGCGGAAUCCCGGCCCUGCUCCGGCUGCUGAGGAAGACCGUGGACGCCGAGGUCCGGGAGGUGGUCACAGGUGUGUUGUGGAACCUGUCGUCGUGCGAUGCUGUGAAGAUGGUCAUCAUCCGUGACGCCUUAAGCACCCUGACCAACACUGUGAUAAUCCCCCACUCCGGCUGGAGCAGUGACUCCUUUGAGGACGACCACAAGCUCAAGUUCCACUCCUCCCUCGUGCUGCGCAACGCCACCGGGUGCCUGAGGAACCUGAGUUCGGCGGGGGAGGAGGCCCGUAAGCAGUUGCGCUGCUGUGAGGGGCUGGUGGACUCCAUGCUGUACGUCAUCAAGGCCUGCGUCAGCACCUCCGACUUUGACAGCAAGAUUGUGGAGAACUGUAUUUGCACUCUGAGGAACCUGUCGUACCGGCUAGAGCUGGAGCUGCCCCCGGCUCGGCUGCUGGGGGCCCAGGAGCUGGACGGCCUGCUGGGCAGCGAGUCGCCAAGCAAGGAGGCAGACUACAGCUGCUGGGGCCGCAAGAAGAAGAAGAAGAAGAAAGAUUCCCCCGAGGACCAGUGGGACGGAGUGGGCCCCAUCCCCGGCUUCUCCAAGUCCCCUAAGGGUGCUGAGAUGCUGUGGCACCCGGCCGUGGUGAAGCCCUACCUCACCCUGCUGGCCGAGAGCUCCAACCCCGCCACGCUGGAGGGCGCCGCAGGCUCCCUGCAGAACCUCUCCGCCGGCAACUGGAAGUUUGCGGCCUACAUCCGUGCGGCGGUGCGUAAGGAGAAGGGGCUGCCCAUCCUGGUGGAGCUGCUGAGAAUGGAUAACGACCGCGUGGUCUGCAGCGUAGCCACCGCCCUGAGGAACAUGGCCCUGGACGUCCGGAACAAGGAGCUCAUCGGGAAGUACGCCAUGCGGGACCUGGUGAACAGGUUGCCGGGCGGCAACACCACCCAGCUGUCGGACGAGACGGUGGCGGCCAUUUGCUGCACGCUGCACGAGGUGACCAGCAAGAACAUGGAGAACGCCAAGGCCCUGGCCGACACCGGCGGCAUCGAGAAGCUGGUCAACAUCACCAAGGGCCGUGGGGAGAGGUUCUCCGUAAAGGUGGUGAAGGCAGCUGCCCAGGUCUUGAGUACGCUUUGGCAGUACAGGGACCUGCGCACCAUCUACAAGAAGGAUGGAUGGAACCAGAAUCACUUCGUAACCCCGGUAACGACGUUGGAACGUGAGCGGUUCAAGUCUCAGCCGGUUCUGCCGACCACCACACUGCAGAUGUCACCAGUACACCAGUCGGCGGGCAGUGCCACCUCCUCCCCUGCCAUGCUGGGCAUCAAAGAGCAGCGCUCCGACUACCCGAGGGCCCAGUCAACUAUGCAAUUUUAUAACUACCAAGGCGACAACAAUGUACAUAAAAACCAAUACGCAGGGUCUGCAAAGUCAUCGCCGUACUACAUCGGGUCCUACUCUUCGCCGACGCGAGAGGAGCCAAGAAGAACACAGCCACAGUACUACGGCGCUGAGGAGCCGGGCCGGCGUAACUACGAGACGUACCAGCGCGUGUACCUGGCGCACUCGCCGCACGGCUACGAGGACCGCUACAUGGAGGAGCCGGCCAGCGCCGUGCGCUACUCCACGGCCGACUACGCGCCGCAGCCGCUCGGCCUCAAAGCCACCGCCACCACCAACUACGUGGACUUCUAUUCCACCACACGGAGGCCUUCCUACCGGGCCGAGCAGUACCCCGGCUCGCCCGACUCCUGGGUAUAAUGGGACCGCAGCAGAAACAUGAACGAACGAACGCACGAACGUACAAACCAACGAAAGAGAGAUGAAAUAAAAGAUGAGAGUCGCUGGGACCUUCGUGAAGAGGCUCCCGUGAACUCUUCCACAUGAACUUUUAUUUGUUGCGUGUGUGCGUGUGUCUCAAAACUUGUAUGUUGUAAUAUUUUUUUUGUUGUUGUCUCCUUUUUUAUAUGAAACAAAAAAAACAAACAACAAAGUUAAAAAAUAUUGAAUGUGGCGGUCGAGGAAAUUGCAUUUUUGUGAGAAGGGGGAAACAGAAAGUGAGCCAAAGAAGGAAUCUCUGGAAUGUCUGUAUGUUUUUGAUUGGAUGAGAUGAUGUUGGGGAGAGCUGGAAGAGAAGAGAGAGGAAUCUUUUUGCCGUGAGUGUGUCGGAAUAAAAACAUGGAGAGGGUGUAAUACCUUGGCAACGGUGGACCUCACAAGGUCCUUGCACUGUCUAGGUGUUUGUGUUGCUUUGGGUUUUUCUUUUUCUUUUUAAGAACGUAGAUGUGAUAGCAUGGAGAAAGAGUGAGCAAUGUGAUGACUUAAAAAAAAGGUUUGCGAUAGAGAAUCAAGUGGGGGACUGUGUUUGUAGGCCAAAAUGGAUCACCACCAUGUAUCUGUAAAAGAGUAAAAGAUAAUAAUAAUAAUAAUCUAAUGUCAUUAGUUUGUACAGAGGGAAGAAAUUGUGUUCGUUGUUGCGAUUGUGAAUGCCACUGAGUCUUGUACAUUUCCAUCAUUUUAUUGUAAAUAACAGAAAAAAAGGCCACCAGGUUUACUCUCAUCAGCACGGACGUGUUGCCAUGUUGACUUUAAUAUAGAUGAAUAAAUAUAUGGAGUAUGAAGGGAGAUGGUGGGGGCAGAUGGAAGUUGGCAUCUGAAAUGCUCUGAGUCUGGAGUAAUAAAAGAUCACUCUUGUUUUUUAAACAAAUUGUGUGGUUUCGAAUCACGUUGUCAGUUUGCAAAAAAAAUGUAUUUAUUUUUUCCAUUGCUGUUCAGUACAGCUCAUAAGGUAGUUAGCUACCAUUGACUAUCCCAACUGCAAAAAAAUAAAUCUGUGGUGGUAUUUGGCCAGUGCAGAUCUCAUAUCCAUAGCCUACAGUAUAUUUCCUGUGUUCACUGCAGCCAUAAAACCAUCAGAUGUGU